CAGUUAUUGUUCUAUCUGAAUCCGAGUACAUAUCAGAAUCGUCCGAGUAGAAUCUUGGUGACGUAACACCCUCAGAUAAAACCUAGAGCUCGGGAAGCUAGCGUCAGAUACAACAAGAGCCGAUACUACAGCACUACAGUUACUGCUCAAGUCAAGGGUCUCACACAAACGGGAGAUAAGGCGGCGAGUGGUGCGAAACUUCACUUCUAACAACUACUCGCAUAAACAUCCGUCGGUAGUAUUUAGGGCGAAGGACGAUACAAACACACGUACAAACUAAAAACAGAAGCGUUUGAUAUGAAUAUCUGAAGCAUAUGUUCACCGGACUGCAGUCAUUUUAAGGUUAGUUUGAACAUAUCUGAAUUACCCUAACAGUAACUAAAAAUAUGAAACAAGACAUUGAUAUAACCGAACAGUUUGCGAAUCUGUCCGUUCGUAAAAGUGAAGAAACCGUACACGUCUUGGAGAAAAAGACAUACGAAGAUUUUGAAAGGAUACAAAAUAGACUAUUGGGACUACCAAAGGAUAUGGAGCGCAGUGCUUCGUUCACCUACAAAAAAGGAUCGCGUAAAGGAGGACGUUAUGCCGCUUCAAGAGCAAGACGAUCAGAUCGACGUCAUACUGUUAUUGUUGGGGAAGAGGCAAAACAAAUCCAACAGAAUUAUGACUAUGACACAAACACUCUUACAAUUCCAUCUGGAUCAUUACACACCAAUGCAUAUUCCGAAUCAGAACUUACCCUAUAUAGGGUGCGAAGUUUCAAAAAGACAUCACGGGGUAUAAAAAACAGAGGAGACAGUUUCAAAGUGAAGUCGACCAGUAAUAUAAGCGUGGCAUCUUUAGAUUCCGGCCACCAUGAAGAUAUUUCACGCAAAAACAGCAGUAAUUCCGACGGUUUAGACUUGGAGAACGAUUUAGACAGUCCAUAUAAGGUGCUAUUAUUGGGAACACAAGAAACAGGCAAAUCAGCACUUGCUCAACAAUUCAUGACGUCAGAGUACAUGGGGGACUGUGAUUCCUUACUAGGUGAGACUAGCGUAAGGACGGUGUCUGUUUUACUCAAUGGAGAAGAAUCGUCCAUGCAAUUCUUCGAACUUGAAACAGAAGAGGAUCACGCAGACUAUUGUGACGUUGAUGGUUACAUCGUAGUGUAUUCAGUGACCGAUAGGAGGAGCUUUACAACAGCUUGUGACCUGGUAAAAGAUCUAAGAGAAGUACUUCAGAAACAAUCUGCUAUUACCCUCGUGGGUAACAAAAGUGACAUCGUCCGACAGAGACAGAUAAGCGAUACAGAUGGAAUGGAAUUCGCCAAAUCGUACGGGUGCAAGUUCAUUGAAACGUCAGCCGUGUUGAACCAUAACAUUGACGAACUUUUAGUGGAAACAUUAUCCAACAUUAGACAUGUCUACAAGACACUUGCUAAGCAAAGUCGUCGAACAAUAGGCGAUGCAGCAAAAGGACUAAUCAAACGAGUAUUUAAAUCUCGAGGACUCACAAAAUCUCGUUCGAUGGAGACGUUGUGUUUAAAGCGUCAUUAAACGUAUAAACUCUCAAACCAGAGACAUCUUAACAUGUUAUUAUGUCUCUGCUCAAAUAUAAACAGCAUAUAUGGUUAUAUUAUAUAUUACUUGGCUAAUGGUGCAAAUAUUGAAUAACUUGCC